AUGGAUGCCCGGACAGUGCCACCCGUGACUGCCAUGGAGGUGCCCAGCAUCAAAGAUUUCCACUGGAAGACCCUGGCCCCACUGCCCAGUCGUCGGGUCUACUCGUCUCUGGUGGAGGCUGGAGGACAGGUCUAUGCCAUAGGAGGCUGUGAUGACAACGGGGUCCCCAUGGACCGCUUUGAGGUCUACUCCCCUGAGGCUGACCAGUGGACUUCCUUGCCCCCCAUGCCCACGGCCCGGGCUGGGGUGGCUGUCAUUGCCCUGGGGAAACGGAUCAUGGUGAUUGGGGGUGUGGGGACCAAUCAGCUGCCCCUGAAGAUUGUGGAGAUGUACAACAUCGAUGAGGGCAAAUGGAAGAAGAGGAGUGUCCUGAGGGAGGCUGCCAUGGGCAUCUCUGUCACUACAAAAGAUUACAGAGUUUACGCGGCAGGAGGAAUGGGACUGGAUCUCCGCCCCCACAACCACCUACAACACUACGACAUGCUCAAGGACAUGUGGGUAUCCUUAGCCCCCAUGCCCACUGCAAGAUAUGCUGCCACUUCCUUUCUCCGAGGUUCCAAGAUCUAUGUACUAGGGGGACGUCAAUCCAAAUAUGCAGUCAAUGCCUUUGAGGUCUUCGACAUUGAAACACGCUCAUGGACCAAGUUUCCCAGCAUCCCAUGCAAACGAGCCUUCUCCAGUUUUGUCCCCGUGGAUGGCUAUCUGUAUAGCCUGGGGGGCCUGCGGCAAGGCCGCCUCUAUCGCCAGCCCAAGUUCAUGAGGACUAUGGAUGUGUUUGACAUGGAGCAGGGAGGUUGGAUGAAGAUAGAGCGGUCUUCGUUCCUAAAGAAGCGCAGAGCUGACUUUGUAUCAGGCUGCUUAAGAGGGCGAGUCAUAGUGGCCGGAGGCCUGGGUAACCAGCCCACAGUCCUGGAGACAGCAGAGGCCUUCCACCCAGGGAAGAACAAAUGGGAGAGCCUGCCCCCCAUGCCUACUCCCCGCUGUGCCUGUUCCAGCAUCGUCAUCAAAGGCUGCCUCCUCACAGUGGGAGGCGUCAAUCAGGGACUGAGCGAUGCUGUGGAAGCCCUGUGUGUCUCAGACUCCUAG